AAGUGGUCAUGGGUAGACAGAAUCCAACUUUUGUCUUUGCUAGAAGGGAUUCAAUAUUUGUCAAAAUAACUUCAAAUUUGACUUUUCGUUUUACGCUUCGAACACACCGACUGUGUUUUGCGUUUUGAUUCACCAGAAGUACAUUCAUUUCCAAUUGAACCCUGCGUUGGCCUUGCAUGGAUUUAUCGAACGUAUGCAUCAAAUUGUAUGCGUGGACUUACUUGACAGAAAGCAGCAAAAUGUGAAUGUUGAAUUUUUGAUGCACACAUAUCCAGUAAACAAAUGUGGGAUAACAUAAUAAAAACAGUUUGACUGUAGAAUUAAAUAGUCAACAAUGAGACCAACGUUGAGGAAGUUGGUCUUGAUCGCGCCUGUUGGGCCGUGACCAGCCCCGCCGAAAGCAGAGGUCUAGAGAUGGUUAAAGUCCAGAAAGCAGGCAGGCGAGUUCCACGGUCUCAUUCAAGACCUUCGACUGUUUGGAGAGGAAUUCCGACAUUACUUUCGUCUGGACCGAAGCCAGUUCGAUCACCUGCUCCAGAUGGUUGGAGCCAGGAUCGCCCGGGAGUCCAUCAGCCCUGUUGAACGCCUGACGAUUUGUCUCCGGGGACUCUUACAGUACCAGCGGAUUCAGCUUCUGAGUUGGAUGGUCCACGGUGGUAGGCAUUGUCCCCUCUGUGGCACAAGCCAUUUGGGACUGUCUGGUUGGUGAAUACAUGCCUGUCCCCAAGGAGGAAGACUGGAGGGCCAUCACUGCCGAGUUCCUGCAGAGGUGGAAUUUCCCCAACUGUCUUGGCUCCAUUGACGGGAAACAUGUAGUAAUCCUGGCUCCACUGUGCUCGGGUUCGCAAUUCUACAACUACAAGGGUACAUAUUCAGUUGUACUCUUGGCUGUAGUAGAUGCCAUCUACUGUUUCCGUGUUGUCGAUGUUGGUGCUUACGGCAAGGGAAGUGAUGGCGGGACCCUCCGGGACUCUGCCUUCAGCCAGGCACUUCAGGAUGGCACCCUGGAGAUUCCACCACCUGCAUCACUCCCUGGGGCUGAAGACCUGGGACCUGUUCCCCACGUCUUCGUCGAUGACGAGGCCUUUCCCUUCGAGACCCAACCUCGUGAGGCCCUACACUGGACGCCAGCUGCCAUUGCCAAAGCCUGUAAGGAUCUUUAACAAACGACUGUCCGGGGCAAGGAGCCGUUUGGGAUGGAGAUGGGAACGCCAAAUGGUCACCUACCCGAUGUCUAACAACGCCCCUAGACAGGAACUCCAGGUGAGGGAGAAGCUGACCACCUACUUCUCAUCGCCAGAAGGUGAAGUCCAUUGAAAGUCGUCUGUCUGCGGUAAGAUCAUGGAGCUGCUUGGCCAGAACAAGAUUGACCAUCACCAGCGCCAGGUGGCCAUUCUCAGCCAAGACAGCUUCUACAGGGUCCUCACACCGGACCAGAAGGCCAAGGCACUGAAGGGACAGUUCAACUUCGACCACCCAGAUGCAUUUGACAAUGAGCUCAUCGUCAAAACGUUGUGGGACAUUUUGGAGGGCCAAACAGUGCAGAUCCCAGUGUAUGACUUUGUCACCCAUUCCAGGAAGGAAGAGGCGGUGACGGUGUACCCAGCAGAUGUGGUGCUGUUUGAGGGCAUCCUGAUGUUCUACUCCCAGGAGAUUAGGGACCUGUUCCAGAUGAAGCUGUUUGUGGACACAGACGCAGACACACGGCUCUCACGCAGGGUGCUCCGAGACAUCAGCGAGCGAGGAAGGGACCUGGAGCAGGUGCUAACGCAAUACAUAACCUUUGUUAAGCCCGCCUUUGAAGAGUUCUGUCUGCCAACCAAGAAGUGUGCUGACGUGAUCAUUCCUAGAGGAGCAGAUAAUCUUGUUGCCAUAAACCUUAUAGUUCAGCACAUCCAGGACAUUCUGAACGGUGGUCUGACCAAACGCCUGAACGGCAGCAUUAACGGUUACGGAACUCCCCGGAAACGGCAGGUGUCAGAGUCCAGCAGUCGGCCCCACUAACUGCACCGGCCCUCUCUGAACACCAGGGAGCUAGGGAUCGAUGGAAGAGGGCUCAUCUGUACAUACCUACCACCUGUCUGCUACACUGUAUUUAAAAAACAAACAAAAAACAACUUAAAAAAACUCUCUAGCAAGAAUAUGCAAGGCCUUCAUUUGAUUAGGUUUUUUUUGACUGGAUGAUGAAAAUGUUUUGUAAGGGAGGAAGGAACUGUUUCAGUUCAAAGGUGAAGCAGUUAUUUUAUUUAUGUAUUUUUAUUUGAUAUUCUGGCCCCUUUUUGAGCUUGCAGAUGUUAAUAAAUGAGGAGGAAGUUGGGUUGAGCUUGA